AUGGACGUGUUAUCUGCCCAGUAUCGUGCUGCCAAAGACUUGUUCUUUGAUCCUGAUUGUCUCCGCUCCAGUCGAAGCUUUAGUGAGAUCUGUAGGGGUAGCAUUCAAGAGAUGGAAGCUUUCAUGGAUAUCUACGCGAAUUUCCUCUCUCGUCUUUCAACGUUCUCAGUUUACCGGGCUAAGUGCACUCAUUUGAGUGCCCUGUUGGAACACGCCCGUCAAGAGUAUGCUCUUGAUGUUGCUCAGCAGCCUUCGUCGAGUGAUGCUACUUCUACGGAUAAGAUAUCUUCGUUGGAGGAUGACAUGAGGAAAACUCAAAGGUCUCUGGAAGCUUGUUUAUUGGAUCUUGAGAGAGAUAAUAACGCUGCUAAGGUUUCCGAGGAGGGUCGCAAAGCUGCUGAUACUGCCUUGGCUGCUGAAUCUUCUAAAGCCAUAGAUGCUUGUGCCUCCUUAGCUAAGGUUACUGCGGAGCAUAAUGUAUUAACUUCUGAGGAGCAGUUGGUGGGUGCAAAUGCUAAGAUUAGCCGCCUUGAGGGUCAGAUAUCUGCGUUGGAAAUAUCUCGCCAGUUUGAUGCUACUGCUAAGUUUAAAUCUGAGGCACUUCAGCAAGCUAAUGAUCAGCUUAGUGCUCAGAUUAUGGAGCUCCGUCAGAAGUUGGCUUCAGAUAUAGAAGCUCAGGCUUCACAGAUGAAGGUGCAAUUUGAGCGUUCUGCCAUUGAUUACAUCAAUGAUGCUUUUACGGAGGCCAAGCUCCAGGCUGAGGGAGUGAUCUAUCUCCGUCUUCCUUACUCGUGA